GCGCGCGCGCACCAUUGUGUGGCUGGACUCGGCCGCCCGUGCGGUGUGCGGCGCGUGUUCGGGCUCUCAGUCCCCGCACUCGCACCGCGGCUUACUGCCUUGCGGUCUGCCGUCCGACAGCUAGCCUUCGGGACCUCGCCCACCACGGACAUGCCGCGCGUCUACAUAGGACGCCUGAGUUAUAACGUCCGGGAGAAGGACAUCCAGCGUUUUUUCAGCGGCUACGGCCGCCUCCUCGAAGUAGAUCUCAAAAAUGGGUACGGCUUCGUGGAGUUCGAGGACUCCCGAGACGCCGACGAUGCCGUUUACGAGCUGAACGGCAAGGAGCUGUGCGGGGAGCGCGUGAUCGUGGAGCAUGCCCGAGGCCCUCGCCGGGAUCGCGACGGCUACAGCUACGGAAGCCGCAGUGGUGGAGGUGGAUACAGCAGUCGGAGAACCUCUGGCAGAGACAAAUAUGGACCACCUGUUCGUACAGAAUACAGACUUAUUGUAGAAAAUCUUUCUAGUCGUUGUAGUUGGCAAGAUUUAAAGGAUUUCAUGCGGCAAGCAGGGGAAGUAACAUAUGCAGAUGCUCACAAAGAACGCACAAAUGAGGGUGUAAUUGAAUUUCGCUCCUACUCAGACAUGAAGCGAGCAUUGGAUAAACUGGAUGGUACAGAAAUAAAUGGCAGAAAUAUUAGGCUUAUUGAAGAUAAGCCACGAACAAGCCAUAGGCGGUCUUAUUCUGGAAGCAGAUCCAGAUCACGUUCUAGAAGAAGGUCACGAAGUAGGAGUCGGAGAAGCAGCCGCAGUAGAUCUCGGAGUAUCUCAAAAAGUCGCUCCCGAUCCAGGUCUCGGAGCAAAGGUCGAUCACGGUCUCGAUCAAAAGGCAGGAAGUCGAGAUCAAAGAGCAAAUCUAAGCCCAAGUCCGAUCGGGGCUCUCACUCACACUCCCGAAGCAGAUCUAAGGAUGAGUAUGAGAAAUCCCGAAGCAGAUCUCGCUCUCGAUCUCGGUCCCCCAAAGAAAAUGGAAAAGGUGAUAUUAAGUCAAAGUCCAGAUCAAGGAGCCAGUCUCGUUCCCAUUCACCCCUACCUGUUGCACCCUCAAAAGCCCGUUCCGUGUCCCCUCCUCCAAAAAGAGCUACUUCAAGAUCCCGGUCUAGAUCUCGUUCAAGAUCGAGGUCUAGAUCAAGUUCCAGAGAUUAACCUAGAACUCUUAAGUUCUUUGCACACUAUUAUGGAACACUUUCCUACUUGCUUAGGCAGUUACUCUUCCAUGUUUAUACUUGGCCUCUUCUGCAAGAGGCUCUCCUGAAAACAGGGGCACAGAAUUUGAUUUGUGGCCAAAUUUGAUAUAUAAAAAAAAGAUGAGGUUCUAAAAAGAUGGCAUGAAGUCACAGACCCUCUCCCUUUGUAGAAUUAAGAGAUAACUUUGAUUUUAUAGCUUUUGAGCUAAAAUAACUUUUGUAAAGAUGAAGCUCACUUAGAUUUUUUUUAAGUAUUUCAGCAGGAUCUGCUGCAGGAGUUACUGUUUUAUUUGUUUGCUUAUUUUUUAAAUUAACUGUUUCCAGCUUUGGAUACUUCAGGCUUUAGAGGGAGAACCCAAUUUUCAAUUAUGUUGGCUUUUUAUAAAGCUUGAGUUAUGUAAGAUUUAAAUAAAAGUUUGCUACCAAGAUGAUUGCCUUAUUGAAUAGGUUCACUGUUAAAUCCCUUUACACAUUAUUAACAUCUGCUGUUUGUGGAGACAGUAUAAAUUCUAUUUCAGUGUAAAGCAAGGCAAGCCUCAGACCAGCAAUAAAUUACUCAGUUUGGAUAACAUUGUGCUGUUAAUCAAAUUUGCCAAAGUCUUUAAUCUGCCCCUUUGACAAGUUGAGUUAAAAAUAAAAGGUAUUUUGUAGUUGCUCUGUUACACAGUUUUUGCCUAAAUAUAACUUAAAAGCUAGUGCUUGGGGUUUUGUUUAGCUAGUUAAUCCAUGUUCUGGAAGUGGUUAGAAUUCUCAGUAUAGUUUGGUCCUUAUAUAAAAUGGAAGUAGCCUUUGAUUAGAAAUUUAAUGUUGUUCAAAAUAGAAAAGCACAUCCUGAAAGGUCAUUAUUCUUAACAGGCACUUAAGAAAGACCAUUUGGUGUAGGCAUUUGCUGGUAAAGUCAAAUCUUCCUAAAAAUUUGUCCCCUUUGGUUAGUGGGUUUUUUUUUUUUUUUUGUGAUGGAUGAUUGGAUUAUCCUUAUAAAUGUUACACUUUUGUGUGGUCAAUUUGAAAAACACUGGAAGGAAUACACCAGACUUUUUGUAUUAUAUGAAUGAAAUUAAUAUGUAAACCAAAUUACAUGGCAAAUUUGUAGGAAUGAGAAGUUAGCAAUUAGUUCAUAUAGCCAUAAGCCUCUAAAUAGUUGAGACAGUUGUUAAAGAAAUGAGUUACAUGAUGUCCCUUUUUUCACAACUUCAUCUAAAAAAUAAUUGUUGGAAGUAGAGGUGUGACUCCCAUGUGGUAGAGCACCAGUGCUGAGCAAAAAAGCCAAGUAAGAACAUGAGUUCAAGUCCCAGUACCUACAACCCCCCCAAAAAAAAAUUUAAUCCUAGUCAGAAAUCAAGAUGUAGAUGGAUUGGCUCAGGUUUAAUAUCUUCCUUGGAACUGCCAGUAUGUAAGUUGAAUUGUGAUAAGGCAUGAUGAUGAUCUAGGAUUGAUGUUGUAUAAUUUUAACUAAAGGGCAUAUAAUAGAAUGAGGCUUAGUGAAAAAAAUACUGAGUCAGGUAUCUAGGUAGAUACCAGUCACAGAGUAACUAAGAAUACUUGGUAAGGAAGAAAAACUAUAAGUAAUCCUUCAGCUACCUACCUGCAAGAAAGGAAAAAAUCCUAAAGGCCUCACCUUAGGAAUAUUACUGUCCCAUAGGUUGCUCUACUGCUCCUGUUAUCUUUCCUUGGAUAACUUAAGUGAGUUUAAGAGAAGAGAACUGUCUAAUUGUAUUUCACUAUUUUGCCUGUCCAAAGAACAGAAAUAAUGGCUCUUAAGAAUUGGCUUUGACAAACUUCUUUUAUUUUCAGGGAAAGAACGGAAAAACUGAGCCACAGCCUUUUAAGGGGGAGAGGGCAAUAUUACAGUGAAAUUUGGCUAUCUAAAAGUAUGCAACAUCUUCAGCUGGGCUUUCUGUUGUUAAUGUGACAUUACAUGGCAAGAGACAUUUGACUACAUUGUUAGCCACCCCAGUAAGUGGGUGGUACAAUUUUUUUCUAGUAAUGGCAGGGGCCAAUUUCCCCAUGUGUAGACCUAAGUCAUUGGAUGUACAAACCACCGUACUUAAACAUUGGCCUACUUGAGAACGUGGAGUUGACUGAUUUGAAAUACCUAGUUCCUUGCUCUAAUUAGUGAGCAGAUUUUGGAGAAUCAGCAACAUGCCACAGAGAUCAGUGGCUGAUAGCACAAGAGAAGUAAGGAAUGUCCCACGCCCCCAUCCUGUACUUGAUAGUGUUCUGGAUUAUACCACAGUGCCUUUAUGGCCAGUUUGAGUCCUACCCAUUCCUUCAGCAUUUAUGUUCCCACUCCUGUGUUACUGCCUUUCAUCUUGGAUAUUUUUUCCACUUUGUGUUAACCUAUUUUAUGCUUUAUCUCAAUAAAAUGCUUACUGAGGGCAA